AUCUAAAAUCUACUUACAUUAUUAGUAGUAGUGCCUCAUGCUUGCUUGCUCUCUCUCUCUCUCAAUAAUUAACAAUGGACGUCAUUGUGAGUAUUAUUUCGGGUAGCUUCCGUUAUCUGGUAUCGCUUCCGCCAGGUGACGAUGGUGGCGAGUGGCUGAAGGAAAUGAGAGGGAACCUGGGACUCAUGGCAACCGUCAUUGCAACAAUGGCAUUUCAAAACGGUCUCAACCCACCCGGCGGCGUUAUUCAAAACGGCGACAACGGAUCCGUCGCUUGUCCGUCACCAAUUGCCCACGGUCAAGCAUGUCCAGGUCAAUCCGUUUACGCUGCAGUUGACCGUCACGGUUACUCCGGGUUCAUGCUAACUAACUCUAUCUCCUUCUUGUUUUCAAUCACCACGUGCAUAUUGGUCAUAAGCGGAGUUCCUCUGGGUCCAGGGUACCCAACCCUGGUGCUUGCAAUGCUCAUGUCCUUCUCUCUCAUCCUUCUUGCCGUGUCUUACACGCUCGGUGCUUUUCUUCUCAAUCCGCGUAUUCAGAAAACUCACGCCGGAUUUCGCGUUUUUAUCUAUGUGUUUGUCACGUUUCUGGUGGUUUUACUUUCUUUGCGAUUUGUUGCUUUGAUACUCGCCGUUCGGCGCGUGAAGAAAAAAGCUGAUACCACUCCCGCACUUCCCAGCCAAUGAGGACGUAGAGUUGGUUACGUUGCUUUGGAGAGUGUGAUGUGAGUUGCCAAUUGCUGGAGAGUGGAGACUUCUGCUAAUUUGUAAUGGUUGUAAUAAUAUCAUAAUAAUGUUUUGUUUUGAUUUCUUGUGAUGGAUUAUGCACUUCCUCACUUGCCUUCUUUGGCUUAUGUGAUGACUAUUAUUUUGGAGAAUUAGAAUUAACUAACUCCAAAUACAAUA